AUGUCUGGAAAGGGUAAAGGUGGUGCUGAGGGUAGUGCUGAUUCCUACAUUUCAUGCCACAUAGACUCUGAGUUUCGCUACAACCUCUUCACUGUUUUCUACAGCAUCAUUUUCAUUCUGGGCUUUGUUGCCAACUGCUAUGUGCUCUGGAUUUUCUGCCAUGUUUACUGCAGCAAGAAACUCAAUGAAAUCAAGAUAUUCAUGGUAAACCUGACAGUAGCUGACCUGCUCUUCUUGGUUACGAUGCCAAUGUGGAUUGCUUACUAUCACCACCAUGGAGACUGGACCAUGCCUGAGUUCCUCUGUAAUGUGGCUGGCUGUUUAUUUUUCGUUAACACCUACGCUUCUGUUGCCUUUCUGAUGGUCAUCACAUACAACCGUUACCAAGCCGUGACUAAUCCCAUUAAAGCUGCUCGGCUUACCACCCAGAGAAGGGGUAUCUACUUAUCAGCAGCUAUCUGGAUCCUGAUAGUGGGCAGCUCUUUGUAUUACCUUUUUGACAAUAAUACUAAUCAGGAGGAGAUCAAUUCGAAGAAUUUCACACGGUGCUUUGAGCACUAUGACACUUCUGGCAGUGUUUCAGCUGUUCUUGCCAUUCACAUCAUCAUCUGCAUCCUCUUCUAUAUCAUUUUCCUCUUUAUACUAGGCUGGAACAUCUUCAUUAUCAGGACCUUGUUCUCCAAAUCAGUGCAGCCACGGAAGAAUGCUCAUGUCAAGCAAAGGGCGCUCUGGAUGGUUUGCACGGUGCUGGCUGUGUUCAUCAUAAGCUUUGUACCUCAUCACAUAGUGCACCUGCCCUGGACCCUCACUGUUCUGGAGCAGUGGAAGAAGGAAAACUGUCAGUUGCGCCAACAACUCAAUGAUGCUCACCAGGUGACUUUGUGCCUCUUGAGUACAAACUGUGUGUUAGACCCAAUCAUCUACUGCUUCCUCACCAAGAAGUUCCAGAAGCAUCUUUCAGAAAACCUGAAAAGCAUGAAAGGGAGUCGCAAGUGCUCCAGGCAAACCACGGACACAGUGAUUGAGGCCACCAUUCACCAUGAGGAUGCCAUCAGGAUCUAG